AUGGCCACCGGCGACGUCGCGCCAGCUGGCGAUAAGCCCCAAUCCGACCUCCCUGUCCGCAACAAGAAAUCCGACGAUGGCUUCGACAUCGUCGCAACAUAUCACUCCCUCCUCCAAGAUGCCGAUUUGACGAAACCCGUCGCCGCCAUUGAGGCCCUCAUUACCCUCCUCAACGCCUCUGGCACGACGACAGUCUACGAAACCCUGGACCUGGUCAAACGCCACUCCAACACCCUCCAUGCCUCCGUCAACAACCCCGUUCCUCUCCAGGCCGGCACCGACCUCUUCCUUCAAUAUCUCGUCUCAUCUCUUAAGCAGCAGGACUCUGGCUCGGACGACAACUCCCCCCACCAGUCCUUCGAGGCAGUCCGCACCCAUCUGCUUCGUAACGGUCGCCUCUUCGCAUCACGCGCUAUCGCCGCCCGUGACCGCAUCGCCGACGCCGGAUGGCGCUUCGUCCGUGACGGAAAGGUUGUACUCACCCACGGUGCUUCCCGCGCGGUGUCAAACCUCCUCUUCAAGGCGGCGGAUCAGUUCGGCGGUGGUGCCAACGGCGGUGGAGUAAGGUUCAAGGUUGUCUACGUCCGAGACGAGCACCGCAUCGCCGAGUCGGACCGUGUAGUGAAGGAACUGCGCGACAAGGGUAUUCCCGUUGCUGAGAUUGCCGAGCCGGCCGUUGCGCACGUGUUGGGUCUGCUGCGACAGGUUCACAUGGUCUUCGUCGGCGCCGAGGCCGUCACACAGAACGGCGGCAUCAUCUCGCGAAUGGGUACCUACCAGAUCGCCAAGCUGGCCAAGGAGGCUGGCUUGCCUUUCUACGUUGCUGCUGAGUCGCACAAAUUUGUGCGCAAGUUCCCUCUCGACCAAAGGGAUCUGGGAUUCCAGCAAAAGGUCUUGGAUUUCCGGACUGAAGGCGUGAGCGUGCAGCCUGAAGAUGCGGUAGACUACACUCCCCCCGAUCUCAUCUCCAACCUCGUGACAGAAAACGGCGUCAAACUGCCCAGCUACGUGUUUGAGCAGCUUCUCGACAUCUACGGCAGUUUGAACGGUUGA